CGAGUCGGCCCGCCACUUCGCCAACGUCACGGGGAGGGGCGAACCUAUGAUCCGCCCCUCCCUCUCCUUCCUUCCGGGCUACGCUGACAUCGACAUAUUGGACUGCUGCAACGGCCGCCUCCUCUGCCGCAGCCGGACGGCUGCAGGCCCCUUCCGCUACGUCAUCUGCAACCCGGCUACCGAACAAUGGGCGGCGGUGCCCCAAUCCAACCAGUCUUGGAACAUCUGCUCCGCACGGCUGGGAUUUGACCCGGCCGUCUCUCCCCACUUCCAUGUUUUCGAGUUCGUGGAGACGGGUGCAGUCGAUGGGCUGGAGAUCUACUCGUCGGUGACCGGAGAGUGGGUUCACAGCUACAGUAGAUGGAGUGACAAAGCGAGAUUGUGCCAUGAUGUGAGCACUGUAUUUCUCAAUGGCUUUCUCCAUAUGGUUGCAUUUGAGCAUCAAGAUGUACUGGUGGUUGACACUGAGGGAAAGGUACGGAGGACCAUCCCUGUGCCGCGCGGCUACUACAAUGGUUUAAUUGGACAAUCUCGAGGGAAACUAUACUAUCUGAAUGUGGUCGAAGUGUAUGACUUCAAACUAACAGUUUUUGUUCUUGAGGACUAUGCUACUGACCACUGGGUCUUCAAGCACAGUGUUAGGAUGUCAAAGUUACUUGGAACAAAAAAUUCUUAUCCAACAUUGCAGUACUAUAGUCUGAUUGCUGUUCAUCCAGAGUGCCACUUGAUAUUCUUCAUUUCAGAUUUGGACCAUACAAUAAGGUGCUAUGACAUGGAUUGUAGAGAAGUCCUUGUAAUUUGCAACAUGGGGUGUAUGCGUGAGUGGCCGAAGCGGUGUUUGCCUUAUGUACCCCUUUUCUCGGAGUCCUCGGUUGGUUGGAAUUAGAAAACAGAGGAAGACCAGAUAUAACACUGGAUAGGUCAGCAAGAAAUCAAAUCCUCUUGAUAUGGAAAUCAACGUGGAUAACUA